CUUUUGUUUCUGGACAGAUCUCUCCCCUAGCCAUUUUUAUUAAUGUCUACUUUACUCAGCCCUCCCAGCACACAGCAGGUAGCAGAGUACUUGGCGGCAUUCUGUACAAAGCACAUACAUGCUACCUCGACGCUGCGAGACUACUACAACGUCGCAAAGUUCAUAAGGGAGCACCGACACCUGGGACCGCUGAUACCCAAGCUGGCAUAUGCCGUCCUUAUCGUUGAGUGUUGUGUCGAGUGCUCAUGUGCCACUGAAGGAUGUCGGCUAAGACACAUGAGAAUGUGGUCGUCCAACUACGACUUUUUGGUGGCCGAGGGCAUGUUGCACUUGGUAACAGAGUUCAGAGUGGUCAUGAACAACAGCUGCCCGAAGGAUCUCCACCUGAUCCGGGCCAUGCGCCACUACAAGUUACACAAAACGAUGCUGCCGACCGUCGAGUCUGUCACCUUCCUCGGGGACGGACUAUUUGCUGCCGGAAAGGCCCAGGCUACACUCCAGGCCGCUCAUGAGGCCAAGUAUACAGCCGACGACAUCAUCGCUCUGUGCCCAAACAUCACAAGCAUGUAUUUCUAUACCUCAGGCGGCUGGGGAUCGUCGGCAAGACUUCGUCUGAUGCCGGCUGCGGUCGGCACAAUGACGUGCAUGCAUCUAUUCCGGCAGGCAAUUUGCAACAUGGCCACUUCUCACGCAUUGACGCCACCGCCAGAGAGUCCUGGCCUUCGCUUUUCGGAGGAUCUGACAUCCCUGACCAUCAACACCAGCCUUCUGUCGCCAAGCCAAAUGCUCCCGCCGACCGUUGUUGAGAGUCUGCGCCGGCUCAAGAUUACCCAUGUGUGCAGGGCUGUAGACUGGGGCAGACUCAGUGGAGCCAGCAACAACCUUGUGCUCCCACAGCUAGAGCGGCUCGAAAUUGAAUUUGUUGACCCAGGGACUGGAUGGCUGGUCGUGCCUGUCAGAUACAAUACCAGUGUCGAGUUUCCUCGCCUGCAGUCUCUGGAGGUGGCAGGAGCAAAGCAUGCAGAUAGGAGUAUCUACACGUACUUUACAAAGUACACGAUCCCGCUACUCAUCCUUUCUGCUGACCCACGUGACUUUAAGGAUAUCGACUUGCGCCUGCUCCAGUGCGCAAACGGGCUGCAGGUCAAAUACUGCGACAGCCGCGAACACCCAAACACCAUCUAUUCAGUCAAGGACAUGGAAGUGCUGUACAGAUUCAGGACGGGCCUCAGGAUGGCCAGCCUCAGCGGAAUCGACUACCCGCUACCCGAGGUUCUCCUGUGGGAAAACCUGUGCUGGCUCUACCUGACUGCCAGCAUAGCUGACGUGGAAAGCAUAACCAGGCUGCUGAUGCAGCUGAAAGGGCUGGAGACACUGGCUAUCCGCUGCCUUUCAAUGUAUCCUAACGACUUGCUCUCAGAUUCCUCGGCUGCGCAUUUUGCUGACCAGGCUGGCAGGUUUGAAAGCAUUUUCAAGACUGCCAAGCCGUAUCUUGAUGCUCCUAUCCACAAUAUGCUGCAGCGACUGGACAUCUAUGUUCGUCAAAAGUUUGAUCUCAUUGGCGUUGCAUGUCUGUUGCGCCGCCUUCCAGCGCUAAAGUAUCUGGGUGUGAAUCCUGAGGUUGCCACCAGCGUGGCACAGUUUCUAGUGCCCCAAACUGCAACAUCCAGCGUUCUGGUAGGUGAGUUUUCUACGAACGAGUUGCCAGAGUAUACUAGUACGCUGCAAACAUCCCCUAACCUGUAGUUUUCUGUAAAUUUUGUAUUUGUAUUUAAUUAUUUAUGUAUCUACUAGUAA